AAACAAACAAAUGCUAUAAUUUUUUCAAUUUUAAAUAUCUAAGAAAUUGCCAAAAAAUGGCAAAAUUUUUGCGGUGCUGGACUUUAGUGACUCUUUUUAUAUUCUAUAAGUUUAAUCAUCUUGAUUGUAAAAGCAUCAAUAGUUUUGAAAAAUAUUCUAAAGUAUGCAAUUCCAAAGAAUGCCAACAAGUUGCAGAAACUAUAAAGCAAGGUUUAAACACGUCCGAGGAGCCAUGCAAUGACUUUUACGAGUUUGCUUGCGGUGGAUGGAAAAAACAACACAAACUUUCCCAUGAAGUUGAAAUUAAUACUUUUUCUAUUUUAAAAAACAAAAUUGAAAAAGAAAUACAUAAAUUACUUGAAGAAGAGCCACAAGCUGAUUGGAAUGAAGCAAUGGUUAAAGCUCACUCUUAUUACAAAUCAUGUAUGGACACUGCUACAAUAGAGAUGUCAGGACCCAAGCCAGCAUUAGAAUUUAUAUCGCAAAUCGGUGGUUGGUCUCUUUGCAACAACAAAGAAUGGGAACAAAACUCUAAACAAUACAAUAUUUACGAAGUUUUAUCAAAGUUGCAUAGAAAUUAUUUUCCAGCUCCUCCUUUCUUCACAGUUGAAAUUGUCAAUGAUCAGAUGAAUUUAGAAAAAAACCAAAUUCGAAUAGAUAAAUCUGGAUUGGGUCUAUUAAGAAAGGAGCUAUACUUUAAUCACAGUGAGAUUUUACAUCGCUAUGGGUCCUAUAUGGUUGAAGUUGCACAGUUGCUUGGAUAUACAUGCAAUGACAUGGAUCCUGAAAAUAAUGUUACAGCUCAGAUGCUUUCAAUAGUAGAGUUUGAAGAAAAGUUAGCCAAUUUGUCAUUUGCUGAAGACGUUAUGAGAGUCAACAUUUCAAGUCUUAUGGAGAUUAUUCCAAAUUUUGAUUGGAACUAUCAUCUAACCAGUAUAUUUCCUGAGAGUUUUGACAUAAAGAAAAGUGAAAUUAUCUUAUCGACAUCUCCAUCAUACCUUUUUGGUGUAGCGGAUUUAAUAAAGACAACUGAUAAAAGAGUUUUAUCAAGAUAUGUUGUUUGGCAACUUUUGCAAGACAAAAUUAGUUAUUUGUCAGAAGAUUUUCGUAAAAUAGAUUCAGCUUUUAAAAACACACUUGGGACUCAAGUGAAUUCCAAACGUUGGAAAACUUGUACUGAAGCAACAAAUACAAACAUGGGUUUACCAAUUGCUAGCAUGUUUAUCAGUAAAUAUAUGAAUAACAGCACGAAGCUGAAGGUUGUGGAAAUUUUUGAAGAAAUUAAACUUGCUUUCAAACAGCAAAUCAAAGGUUAUAAAUGGUUAGAUGAGAAAAUGAAAAAAUUUGCAAUUGAGAAGAUUGAUGGCUUAGUUGCCAAGAUUGGAUACCCAUCCUAUAUAGUAAAUGAAGAGGAGCUUAAUAAGCGAUUUGAAAAGCUUGACAUUGACAAAACCACUUUUUUUGUUAACAAUCUUAAUAUUGCCAAAUGGCGACAUAAACAGUUGUUUGAAAAACUCAGAAAACCAGUUGAUAAAGAAGAGUGGCAAAUAUACCCACAAGAUAUUGAUGUUAUGUAUCUCAUUUUUAACAAUGAAAUAAUUAUUCCUGCUGGAGCUUUGCAAUCACCUUUGUUUCACAGUGGAAAAGUCCCAAGAUCAAUUAAUUAUGGAUUUUUUGGUUCAUUAGUUGGUCAUGAAAUUACGCAUGGGUUUGAUCCAAAAGGUCAAAUGCAUGAUAAAAAUGGUGACUAUAUUAAAGAUGGGUGGUCAAGAAAAACUUCUUUUGAAUAUUUUAAAAAGUCUAAGUGUUUCGUUGAACAAUAUAAUGAAUUUAAAGUAGGAAAACAAUCAGUUAAUGGAAAUUUGACACUGGUUGAAAAUAUUGCAGAUAAUGGAGGUUGCAGGUUGUCCUUGAAAGCUUAUGAAAAUUAUUUGCAAAAUAACACAGAUACCAGACUUCCAACAUUAGAAUACACUGACAGACAAUUAUUUUUUAUUAGUUUUGCCCAGGGAUAUUGUGCUAACGCUAAGCAAGAAGUUGUCCUUGCAAACGCAUUAAUGGAAGGUCGUGCACCAUCAAAGUUUAGGGUUAUUGGUACAUUGUCUAAUACAGAAGGUUUUGCAAAGGCUUUUAAUUGUCGAAAAAAAGGUGAAGAAAAUAAUAAUGGAAUACGUCUUAAAAUGGACCCCAAGAAAAAAUGUGUCAUGUGGUAGAAGUGGUAGCCUGCAACUAAUGUUUAAUACGCAGAAAAUUUCCUGAUACUGACAGGAAAUUUUCUAUUUAUUAAACAAUUAAACUAAAUGAAUACAUAGGAUCACUUUAAUGUAUUGUAAAAAUGAAAAAAAUGAAAUCAUAUAUUUGUACAAAUUA